AUGUCUCGAGGCAAUACACCGUCACAGCAUAACUCAACGCUAGCGAUCUCUCCAUUGGUUGGAAGUAGGUCUCUACAAGUACCGCAACAGCGAAACGCUGCUAAUGCAUCGAGCACCCGACAAUGGAGCGGAAGUCAUAGAGCCGCACAGACUCCACAUCACUCUGUUACGUAUAGCCCUCUGGUGCAAAAAAUACAGAACAACGCAUCCUUAGCAACACCGGCGCCCGUGCAAGACCACGGCUCGACAGCAGGACUGUUGGCGUCGAUGACCAAAAACGGGCUUUUUGGCCCGACCAUGCCGUCAACGUUGCGUAAGGUUAGUAUAUUGGGUGAUGCACGGCGCCAGUCGACGUCCAUCGAUAAUGCGGCCAGCGACGCGGCAGGCGCGGAGGAUCGAGUUGCCGAUGAUCGCCUUGUACAGGAUAUCGACAUCGCUCAGCUGCCGGCGGCAGAAAAAUUGAGACUCUGGAGACACGAUUCUCUUAUGCAGCAUCAGUACAGGACUGCGGAGUAUAUCGGCGAUAAAGUGUACGCCAUGACGGGCGACCCCAAUGACGCGUUUUGGUUGGCUCAAGUCUACUAUAAUAGCGGUUCAUACAUACGCGCUGUUGAGCUACUGACGCGUAACAAUCUUGACACAUCCAGUGUGAUGUGCAGGUAUCUCACAGCCCUUUGUUUAAUUCAAUUGAAGAAAUACGAGGACGCGUUGGACAUUGUGGGCGAAACAAACCCGUUUAGAGAUCCGUUAGGGAACCAUGUCAAAAACCAAGAUGGAGGCAUCAAGCUUGAGUCUUCGAUGUGCUACCUGAGGGGCAAGAUAUUCUCAGCGCUGAAUAAUUUUGACAAAGCUAAAGAAUCUUUAAAGGAAGCGUUGUUGGUGGACGUAAAAAACUUCGAGGCAUUUGAUGAACUGAUUAGUAAAAAUCUUCUCACACCCACCGAACAAUGGACUUUUAUAUCUUCUUUGGAUUUCUCUGAUCUUGACGAUAAUGAAGAAUUGAUCAAGUCCCUCUACAUCACUAAGCUGUCGAAAUAUUUGAAUUUGGACCAAGUUCAUAACGCGCAUGAAUUUUUAGGUGAAGAAUACAAGCUUGAUAAUAAUACGGAUCUCAUACAGAGCAACGCCGAUACUCUUUUUACCCAAUGCAAAUUCUCAGAAUGUCUCAAAUUAUGCGAAGAAGCGCUUGAAAAAGAUGAGUUUAACUUCUCUAUCCUGCCAAUCUACAUUUCUUGUUUAUAUGAACUGGGAGGUAAAAACAAAUUGUUUCUCGUUUCCCACAAGAUGGCAGAGAAUUUUCCAAAGCAUCCGAUAACCUGGUUUGGUGUCGGAGCAUACUACAUGUGCACUAACAAGAUCUCUGAAGCCAGGAAAUACUUUUCGAAAGCGUCCAUUCUUGAUCCCAGCUUCAGCCAGGCCUGGAUCGGCUUCGCGCAUACGUACGCUGUUGAAGGGGAACAUGAGCAGGCUGUGUCUGCAUACUCAACCGCUUCAAGGUAUUUUCCCGGAACGCACCUCCCUAAUUUAUUCCUGGGCAUGCAGUACUUACUGAUGGGAACUCUGCCACUAGCCGAAGAAUACUUUGCAUUAGCAUACGACAUUUGCCCAUAUGACCCCCUUCUGUUAAAUGAAAUGGGCGUCUUGUAUUUCAAGAAAAACGACUACCUCAAAGCCAAGAGGUAUUUGAAGAAGGCCUGGGAGGCAAUUAAGGCUCUAGAUUCGGAAUCGAAGUCAUGGAUUUCGAUACAUACGAAUCUAGCGCACACUUAUCGUAAGUUGGGGGAUAACGAAAGAGCCGUCAAGUGCUUCAGGCUGGUCUUGGAGACCACGGGAAAGGAUGCAGACACUUUGUGCGCGCUCGGUUAUGUGUAUCUCAGAAUGAAUCGAAUCGAGAAAGCAAUAGAUUCCUUGCAUAGUUCAUUAGCGUUGCGACCAUCUAAUCAGGCAGCGCAAGAUUUGUUGAAGCAAGCGCUGGAUGUGAAUUUAUCCACCGUUCUGGACGAAAGCCAUCCUCUGGUUAUAAGUUCAAAAUUACAAGAACAGGGAACAGGAACAGCGUCAAAGAAAAGAACCGCAAACAUAUUGGAUGUGCAUGGCGUUGCUAAGAAAUUGAAGCAUGGACAAGACUCAUCUGAUGAUGAGGAUUCAAUGGACCUCGAGUAA